AAAAUCUAGGAAAUCUACCUUUGGAGUGCCAAGUGGUAGGAGGGUUUUCGUUAACUUUUCGAAGUAUACAUUUGGAUCAGUGUGCAAACAGUAUAUCAAGACAGCUAGCAUGGAGAAGGUCCAGAAGCAGAAUUAUAAGGGUUGGUACUAAGUUCUAGGAUAUCUGCUCAGUGCAUAAAAAAAUGGAGAAUAUACGCGUCUUUGUGGUCUCAGACUUGCAUACUGAUUAUGCAGAGAACAUGGCUUGGGUAAAGUGCAUAUCUUUCACAAGCCACCAGGAGGAUGUCUUUCUUGUUGCAGGUGAUGUGGCAGAAACAUAUGAUAAGUUCUUCUCGACUAUGUCUCUUUUAACUAGAAGAUUCAAACAUGUUUUCUUUGUGUCGGGAAACCAUGAUCUUUGGUGCCGCAAGGAGGGGGAAGACUUUGUCAAAUGGUGAGUUUAAUACUUGAAAUGCUGAAGUCAAUUGAUG